CACCGCUCACCUGUGGGAUUAGCCGUAGCCGCAGGUAAUAGCCAAACAUUGGGAGGCAACACACAAAGGAAGAGUAGGGCGACGCCAAUGAGUCGCGCUGCGUGGUUCGGUCGCGGAACCGGACUCCAAUCGAACUCUCGGAACCACCUAGAAGUCCACCGUCCGUCCGCCCGCCCGCUGAUGCUUGAACAAGCGCUCUCUGCGGGCUUUUCCCGUGGGACUUCCGCGGUGCUGCUCGCCGAACAAGUUGUCUGAGAGUAACCGCGACUGCCGCUGUGUCUUCUUAUGCUGUGAGUGGACGUUUUGGUCACCUCUGAAGUGAAGUGGGCUGAUGCUGAAUCAGGUCUCCGGCAUUUUGAGCCAUGCCUGGCCGCAGCACAGGGGCCCCACAGCCGUCCUACCAUGACAGAAACCACACCUCAAGUUCCAGGCUGGACAAGUACAGACAAACUCGAACUAUAUCCAGGGAGAGCACGGCAAGCCAAGACUCCUACAAGGAUCCCCAUGGAGAGCAUCUACACGAGCGCCACAUGCACCACCCCCGCUACCUAGAGACCAGCCGGAGCAAAAGCCAAUCUCGAAAUGGUGUGUGUCGGAACUCCCAGAGUAUUGGAUUUAUACCGGGGUCAGCAGACAGCACGCCAGUGAACAGGCCGUCUUGCGGCUCCUGCACGUCUAUGGGAUGGAGUAGCUGCAAGGCUCUCCUCUGUUGUGUUCUGACUUGUGGAUUUUACGGUAGCCGAGAGCCAUGUCUCCCUGUUAAUGAGAGCUCCACAGACCAUAACCCCAAAGCACAGAAUGCUCCCCAUCCUCCAAAUGGGAUGGCUCUCACCAACCCCACCUGUGGCCUGCCUUUGGAGUCGAACAAUGCCUCCAAAGGUUGCAAGGUGCCACCAGGGGAAAGCUUCCGUUACAGAGAUGUACGUAUUGGAGGAAAGACGGUCCAUUAUCCAGUCACCAAUGUCACCAAACGGACCCAUAUGGCCGACAAGAAGGAGAGCCCACGACCAGACAGUUACACCAGCCUGUUAGCCAACGAUUAUUACGACAAAGAUGACCCAAGUGACAGCACAGAUAUUGACUCUCUUAUCACCAGAAAGCUGCUGGAGCUUUACGCCCUCCACCAGAUUGACCAGCUAGCCAAGUGCACCUCCGACUCCUCGUUCUCACGUAAGACCAAUGAGAUCAGUGAGCUGAUCUACAGCAUUGCUCAAGAUUACAACCUAGAGGAGCAAGAAGCCGAGUGCAAGCUGGUUCACGGAGUCAUCCGCAUCAGCACGCGAAAGGGCAAGAGGAAGAAGAGCCAACUGUCAGGGCACCGUCCCAAUGGCAGGAGCGACCGGACCCUCCCAGACAGCGGCAACGAGACCAUGACGAACACUUUUGAGAGCAGCGAUUUUCCAGAGGUCAAAGUGUCUGAGCAGACGCCAUCGGACGAGCUUGCAAGAAAAAUGAGGCCUUACAGCGGAAAAACUUAUUCAUCCAGCAUGAGUGCAGGCUACCACCAAGACACUGGGACAAACUCCUCUGCUGCUCCACUGCUCAUUUAAGGACUGCUGAUACGGAAAAUCAAGAAAAUAAUGCCUGUUUUUACUAAGUUAAUUUGACCAUUUCACCCCCUCUUUCUUCAUUUAUGCUGUUACCCCUGGAGGGUCAUGCUUCUCCUGGUGUUGAUCAAAGUUUUGUAAUUUUACUUUAUACUUCAAGGAUCUCUUUCGUUCUAAUUCAUGACCAAUGAGAGAAAUAUUUGUGUCCAUAUAGGGUGUACCCCCCCCCCUUUUUUUAUUUGUCUGCAGUGUUUUGAGAGAUGCAUCAACAAAAUCAGUUUCCAGGAAGCCAGAGGGUGGAGGCCGAUAGUCGAACACAACCAUUCACAUUUUUGUACUAGUUUUUUGUUUUGUUUAUGCAAACUAUUAAGUGUGUUACAUGUGAUGACUGUGCCAUCUUACCAUUGUUUAGGCUCCAGGAAUCCAUUUCUGUAUUGUUAUAAGUCAUAUUUGGAUGUAAACAUUUUUAGGUAACUGUUACUUUGUGCCAUUAUGCCUCAUUUUUUAAAAAUAUUUAACAAGUUGUGUUUUUAAUAAAAUAAAAAUCGAUGGACCUUUAUGGCUUUUUAUUCAGACGGGUUUUUUAAUAAAAGAAGUUUGAUGUUUU